AAAGUAAAAUGGUCGGACUACGUACAUCAUUUUUCAUUCAGUGAAUUUACUUUUUAAUAAAAAUCAAAACAAUUCGGGAUAAUAAUAUCAGAAAAAGUGUUAAAACCGUGUCCAUCGAUUAUCAACAAAGACAAAUCGAUGACAGACAUCAAUGUUUAUCACUCGCAAUCAUAAAAGAUUUGUUAUUGUUUUCAUAUUGGUUUUGGUGUUGGAAAAAAGGUCAUUGAAUUUUGCGUAGUAAAUUUUUUCCUUUCGGAAUGGAUUUAGAUUUUUGUGUUUCAUUAAAAUAAAGUUUGUGUUGUUUGUGUGGUUGAUAAGUAACCGAAAAGCAGUUACAAAUCAACGGGAUUUUUAUGCUAUCAAAUAAAUGGAAAUCUAAAAUGUUGAAAAUUGAAAAUAUAAAAUACUUUUCCCCCGAUAAGAUAAAAUAAGGUUGUUUUGACGUCACAUUUAAAAAAAAUUAUGCGGAGUUUACUACGUUUUCGAAUUGAAUUGCGUAUAAUAUAAAAUUGUUGUUAGUGUUUUGACGAAAAGUAGAAGCAAAAAAAAAGUUGGAAGAAAAAACCGAAUAAAUAUCAAUUCAGUGAAAAUCCCCCCAAAAAAUAUUUAAUAUUUUGUAUCGACAGAUCGUUUCGAAAUAUAAAUAAAUCAAAAAAAAAAAUUUAUUUUGUGUCGAGAUAUUGUUUUUCGUCGAAUCUACAAAUUGUAUACACAUCCAAAAACGAACCGAACAUAAUGAUAUAAUGACCGAAAUUGUUAAUAGCAAAACAUAAGACGUAAUAACCGAAAAAAAAGGAUAAAACGUCGCCUGCACAUGCAAUAUUAAAUGGAACUUAAUGACAUUACCGUUUCAACAACGGAGUGCCACAAUGUCCUUUACCAAUAAAACAAUGACGGCCACCACAACCGUUAAAAAUGUGGUCAUUUCCGGAUAUUUGAAAAAACUGAAAACAAUGAAAAAGAAAUAUUUCGUGCUAUACAGUGAUGGUGAUAAGCCGGCACGGCUCGAAUAUUAUGAUACCGAAAAAAAGUUUCGGUCGCGUCAUGGUAAUCCGAAACGUACCAUUGUGUUAAAAAGUUGCUUUCAUAUCAGCAAACGAUUGGACACCAAGCACAAGUCGGUCAUUUCUCUGUAUACCAAAGAUGAUUGUUUCUGUAUCGUGUUCGAUGCGGAGAAUGAAAUGAAUACAUGGUUACAGUCACUAUUGUCACUGCAUCGAAUUGAAGAUACCGAAGGAGAUAGACCACGAACUCACAUUGAACAUGUCUGGCAAGUACAAGUGCAACGCCGUGGCAUCGCUGAAGAACGUGGUAUUAUCGGCAAUUAUCAUCUAUGUCUGUCAGAAAAGUCUCUAACGCUCGUCCGAACCGGCCAACCUAGAACAAUUACCGGCGAAAAUCGGACACCGAGCGUGGAAUUUUUACUAACAACAAUCAGAAGGUGUGGAGAUUCACAAUGCUAUUUUUACAUGGAAGUGGGAAGACAUAGUGUAAUUGGUCCGGGCGAAUUAUGGAUGGGAACCGAGGAUCCUCUUAUUGCUCAAAAUAUGCACACAACAAUUAUUGGCGCUAUGUCAGCAGUAACCAAACGCGAUGACUUCAAUCCAAUAACAAGGAAUCGGUCAUCAUCAGCGAACGAAGCAAGUCGUCCCAGCCAAAUGUUACAACGCCGACAAACGCAUGUCGGAACAAAACCGUUCAAUGUAUCAACGUCAGGAGAUGAAAAUUCGAUUGAAUCGACGACUAGUACGAUAAAGGCAGAUUUAGAUUCGCCAAUAAGUAUCCGAUACUUGGAGCAAUCGACAACGCUUCCACAGCAUCCGGCACCGGCUUCCGUGCAAACGUCAACUAAAAACACGACGAUAACGAUAAAAAAUUCGUUAAAUGCUUGUCAGGAUGAUUAUGUUUGCCAUGACGGUCCGAUAAUCGCCGUUGUUGCACCAUCAGUUAGUCAUCAUCGGGCUUUGUCAUUACCCAUUGCAACGACUACACAGACUCUUGGUAGUUCGUCGAAUAUUUUGCCCGCCGUGCCAAAUUACACAAACAAUAAUAGUGUGAGCAAAGGAGCGUUGGGACCGACGUGUUUCACUAUCCAACCCAUACAUCAACGUACACGAUCACUACCACUAACCGAAGAGACUGCUAUCCAACUGAACUCAUUAAAUUCGAACCCAUCACCCAGAUCGUCACGGGACAGCAUUUGUUCGAAAAGCAAUAAAUUGACCAAUGACCACCAUCAAAACAAUAAUCACAUCCAUAACAUAAAAUCGCAGUCCUCCAUGUCCAUCUCAUCCCAUCAGAACAAUGUUCUCAAUGAAACGGCUCUUGUCGAUAAUAGCAGAGCCAUGUGUACUUGCACUGUAACUGAGAAUCAAGACAAUCAUCCGAACAUACCAACUCUGAUGACGACUACGGCGGAAAACAGUCUGAAAAAUGACGAAAUAAAUAGCGGAGCUAUACAUUCGGUCACGUUCUACAAUACCAUUGACCCGUACGGUGGUCACAAUGACAAAUCGCCUGCUUUAAAAAAUAUUUUCAAUAAUAAAAUGUUCAUGGGUGGAUUCAUUCAGUCCUCUUAUGUAGGUGGUCUGUCAUUAGCAUUGCAAAGAGGUCGAUCAGGCAACAAUUGCGUGAGGAGCAUCGGUAGAGAGAGGUGUGACAGUUUACCGACAAGAAAUCGUACAAUUAGCGAUACUAUCCAUUCGAAUCAACAAAAUACUUCCAUGCCCCCGCCUCGUUCAAUACCAUUGGCUAAUCGUCCGCAUUCAAUGUACACGAAUCGACACAGUCACAGUCCACCCAUUCAUGGCACUCCACUCAGUCCGUCGGCUGGAUGUUCGGAAAGUGAUGGAUCAUCGCUGAGCAUCGAUGAAACUGAUGGACUGAGCAAUCCAAUUACUCCGGAUGAAGGGGGCAAUUGGAAGUUUUACAAUCAACGAUCAACCGGUUCAGUGAUUCCCGAAGAAAACCCCGAUGACUUUUUCUACGGUGAUAACAACAAACGAACGUCACCAGAUAUCACAAAACGAAAUGGUUCGUUGUCAUUGCCAAUUAGCCAAAUUAUUCGUAAGGGAAGUCCGGCGCCUCCUUUGAACUAUGACAUGUAUAGUCCUUGUGGAAGCUCGCCGGACCAUCAGGGAUAUAUGGUGAUGUCUCCUGGUGUUGAUUUGGGUGGUCGAAGCUUAUACACAAACAGUUCCGGAGCGCAUAGUCGUGCUUCAAGCCUUGCUGAAGAUACAGAAAAUGGGUGCUACGUUGACACAGACCAAGCCGAACAUUAUGUCGAUAUGGAACAGUCACGGAGACCUGUGGACGGAAUGAGUUCAGCUGCAUCGUCGUGCAGUAUAACAUCGGGAACCCCGUCAACAGACCUUCGGUUCGCCGAGUAUCAAUUGGAAAAAGUUGUUUCUCGAUUUACACCCGACGAGGAGGACACAAGCCUACUCUCCGAACGUCCUCUUCGUGCAUACUCCGUUGGUAGUAGAUUGGAGCACAACAAGCGAAAGCUUCGCGUCGAUUUACUCACUUCCGAGCACAGUGCUCGAGCGCGGGCAUUUUCAGUGGGCUCAAAGGCUAAAGUGGCUCGUUCCGAUUUAUAUCGCGGAACGGCACCUCAAACAGCUCCAUUGUCAAGUCUGACGCAACACGACGCAGCCAAUUUAACCAACAACAACGUAUACAAGUCAAACAAAUCAUCCAGUGCUCCGAUUCUGAUAAACAAAGGUCCUGCGUCGAUGCCAAUGGACGAUUUAAUGGAGAUCGAUUUUGCACCCCCUACACAAACACCGCCACAAACGCAGUCUCUACUGUCAACGCAGAAACCUCAAAAUAACGCCACCAAGAAAAUGUCGUUGCCGAUGCUAGUUCCAACCGUCAGAAAGUAUGAUGGACUUGAUCUGUUGCCAUCGUCAAAGCCCAGUGGCUACGUCGAAAUGAAACCGGCCAUCAACGAAUACGAACCGAUGUUUCCAGGCGCGCGUCAAGACUACAGUUACCUCGAUAUGAAACCUGUCGGCUCUGGCAGCAAUAAAGGCAGUUUCAAAACUCUGCUUAGCAUGUCCACGUCUCCAAUCAAAUCUCCAAAGACAAUGGGAUCGGUGAACCGAAACAACAAUUACAUGGACAUGUCAAUGUCGAGCCAACAAAGCCAACCCGUGGCCCAAUCACCCAGAGGCUCUAUGGAUGACUACCUGAACAUGAGUCCCACCACUCACACAAUGAACCAUCAACGUGUCAUGGACAUUGAAUUGCCGAAAACUUUAAGCGCCCCCGAAGGCUACAUGGAAAUGUUUUGGAACAAACCAUCCAGCACCACUGCCGGCGGAAUUAACAACAACAACAACAAUAACAACAACAACAUUUCCGAAAAACCCGUGUCUGACGAAUACAUUUACAUGAAUGCCGGCCGGCCUCAAUUGUACAAUGCAGCCGCACUCAAAAUUGAACCAAGACUCAGCUCACUGCCAAUCGAUAUCCAAUUAAGGAAAAAGAGUAAUAUUCCACUAACAUCAACAGCAACGCGAUGCGAUUCGAAGGAUAGCGGUAUUGUAACGCCGUCCGGAUCACAUCCAGCCAUGUUUCCGUUUAGUCCAAGUAGUCAAGCCUCAAUCGAUGAGAAUAAUUUACCUCGAAAGUGCCUCGUUGAUGGGACAACUGGAACUCUUCGCUUAUCCGAAGAAGAAGAAGAGCAGCCAGCAACAAUGUCAUUUACAAAAAACAUUAAAGUUUUAACCACAGAUGUGCCAAUGGAUACCUCAACAUGCCUGAUUCGUCCGCAGGUGGACGUUUUGAGCAAUGACUAUGCAGAUAUGACGCUUGGAGGAGGAGGAGUAGGGGACGGUGGUAGCAGUAACAGUUCAUCGAAAGCAACGAUCACCUCAACAAAUUUUGUCAAUCAUUCGAAACACAACUCGGAAUUAACAAAUACGCGCACAGAAAGAAGACCACUGUCCCGAACCACCAGUGUUGUAAAUUCAUCGACGGAAGGAGACUAUACAGUCAUGAAUCCUGCUGCACCCCGUAAGCUAUCAGCUCCGGCUCAACAACAAACAGUACCAAACGCAACGAAAAAAUCCGUUCCGGUUACGAUCGGAACCAACAGUUUGGACGCAUCGAAAGGAUUCAAACCGAUACCGUCGAACACCGAUGAAAUGCUGAUGCGAAUGCGAAUCAGUCCUACCGACCCAGUAAUUUCCAGACAGUCGGCCUUCAGUCGACAACUAUCGGAACGAGCGACUUCUAGUCAUAACUACGAAAUGUUACACAUCCGGAGUGAUACAAAUAUUUCAUAUCAAGCCCAAGCGGGCCGAGUAGCAACCACUCGACCGAAUUCCGUCAAUAGUGAAAAGAUUUCGAAAUCAUCAACCGCCUCAGCCUCAUUAACGCGACCCAAUUCCGUCAAUUGUGAUCGCCUACCCACUACAUCAACGUCUUCCUCAACGUCCACGUCGUCAUCGUCGUCAACAUUAUGCGGCAGCAAAUGUCAAAGUCCAUCUCCAAUGCAAGUCCAUCGACCGCAAUCGUUUUCCGAGGCCGAUUCGAACAGUAGCACUUGUGCGACGAAAACAUCACGACCGCCAUCGGUCAGCUCGGAGCGAGGACUGCACUAUGCAAGUCUGGAUCUGCCAGCAACCGACGGAAACAAAUCGUCCACUAAACUGAAGGUAGACAUUGGCGUUGCAACGAAUGCCACCGAUUCACAGCAGUCAUCGAAAUCCAACUCGGACGAUUCGACUAGUCCGAGCCCGAACGCGAAUAAUGUUCAGAUGGAACAGCCAAGCUUUACAUAUGCACAAAUUGAUUUUGCGAAGUGUGGUGAACGUGCAGAAACGAAUACUCAUAACUCACAGUAAUUGGCUGCGUGCAGCCAGCCAGACAUGGGGAAAACUAUUUGGUUUGUUUUACAUAUUUUUCUUGCAUCACAUUGAUGGAUGAUGCUGAUUGCGAACACAGGGAAUACAAGGAAUUACAAAGGCAAUUCUACUGAAGGCGCACCUUCUGUUUUGGUUUUAAUUUUUUUUUUCAAUUUACUGUAAAUAAUUGCACCCCUCUUUUCGUUAUAUACUUCUUUCUAUUGGCUAGCAUCGGAUAAGUGUUGGGUUUUUGAACACAAACUUUUUUUGUUUUUUUUUGUUUUUCACAUUUUUUUUUCUGUUCACUGGAGAUUUUUGUAUUUAAUGGGCAAUUUCUAUUAUUAAUUUCAUCGUCUGUUGCGCCUGAGGGCUUGUUGUUAUCAUCGUUCCGUUAUCCAUUUCAGGCGAUAUCUUGUGUUCAGAAAGUCAAUAAAAUUUUGAUUUCAUUUGACAGAAGUUUGAAUUUCACAAUGGGCAUAACUUCAGAUAACAGCUAUGACUAAAACUCUGCAAAUUUAUACGGGGUAGGGCUUCCGCAUUGAAUUCAGUGCAAAAGAAAUCAAUUCGAUCUUAUCUGCCCGAUCAACGAAACCUCACCGAUAAACACAAAUCCCCAACCUCCCCCAUUCCGCAUCGACAAGAAUAGUCGUUUCGUGACGGUUGUCUCCAUUGUACUAUAUUGCUCAAGGCGUACUGUUUUCAUAAAUCAUAACAGCUGACUAGCCGUCGAUACCAGUGAGACCGGAUGUUGUAGAUGGUUCAUUUUCCAUGUAUCAAAGCCGCUUGUGAAUAUUUUAAUGCGUAACAUUAAUACCAAGCGUACAUCUGCGUCCAUUUACUAAUUGUUUAAUUGAUUUGAGUAAUUAACGUUCCUAUGAAUGCCCAGUUAUUUACCCAUCAUAUAUGAUUAAAUUGCAACAUUUUCCUUGAUUUUUAUUUUUAUUUUUGGAGGAGCGUAAGCUAAGAAUUUUUUGAUUUUGUUAAUUGUCAGGAUUACUCUGACUGGAAGACCCAUUUCGAGCAAAAAUUUACAGUCGAUGCAAUGCUAAAUCAUCGAGUACUAUUCAAAUAUUGCUCUUGCUAGGCAUAUUUUUGGAAAUUUAUUUCCUUAAAAUUCGUAAAAAUUCCAUAAAUUUCAGAAUUUUCAGGAAUUUUUAAGAAUUAAAUUCCUAAACGUAGGCACCGCUCUUGUGGAAUAUGUGGAUAGCGUUAAAUACGUUGACUAGUGAUAUCUACAAGAUUUUCGUCGACACUAAAUCUUAUAUUCGAAUGUAGGGCCUACGAGAGUGACAGCUUUCGUGAAAUCAUUGUGAAAUCAUUUUCUUCGAAUUUUCUUCAUUUCAUCGAUUUCGAUAAAUAUUCAAAAAAAAUCGAGUAAAUGAUCAAUCAAUUUCGAUGUGCUGAUCUAGCAACAGCUGAUUUUGUAUCAGCUGGUGAACAUUGUUUACUUUGCGUUUAUUUUGCUGGGAGUGGCAGGAAUCGUUAAUAAUUUGUACGAUUGGUACAAUGACACAUUUAAAAAAAAAAUGAAAAUCGAACUUCCAUCCAAGUAAUGUGGCAAAUGUGCCAUGUCUAGGUCAGGAAUAGUCAAAAGUGGUCAAAAUGGUUUAUUGUUAUUUUUAUGCUAACUAAGCUGUAUUUCUUAUUGUUUUCUUGUGACGAAACUUAUUCAUAUUUACAGGGUAAAUAGUGUAACCUUAUGUACCUUAUGUAACCAAUGUAAAGAAAGUUUUACGUAAAAUAAUACCGGAAAAGAGUAGAACAUUAAAUUCUUUUGGACUUGCCGUCUUUAAAAAUUCAGACUUAAAACGUUCAUAUUAUCCAUUUACUGAUCAGAACAAUCUUCGGAAGUUUAUUUUUUUUUUAAUGCGAGAUUCUACCCAUUGUUAAUGAUGAGCCACUUUUCAAAUUAUUAACGAUUCCCGCAACUCCUAGCAAAGUAGACGCAAAGUAAACAAUGUUCACCAGCUAAUACAAAGCCAGCUGUUGCUAGAUCGGCACACCGAAAUUAUUUAAUCAUUGUAUUUCGGAUAAUUUACAGAAAUUUGUUCUCAAAAGUAGGUCCUGAUCUACUGUAUUAACUCAAUCAAUACAACUAUUAGUGUUACUUGUAGCCCAAAUUUUUUAUAUUUUAUAUUAUAUAUUUUUUUUUGUGAUCAAGAUAGAGAGAGUCGUUGUUUUGUUGUUUUAUUUUUUGUUUUAAAUAUUUUGCUUUUAAAAUCACUGAUCACUCAGACUAUAAACCAGUUUAAUUUUCGUGUUUUUUGUUUUAAGAGAAUGUGUUUACGCAAACGGUGGGGCAUAUUAAAACAAAUUCUAUUUAGCUAAUUUAAAAAAAAAAAAAAAAUUAAAUUCUAUUUUCUGUCUUUAAAUAAAAAGAAUUUUAAAUUAAAAGAAAAAUAUUUUCUGGAAUAUUUUGUAUAUUCCAUAGGAUGAAUAUACACACAACUAAAAUGAACGAAGAAAGAGAAGGUAAAGAAAAGAGUUAAAUAAUAAAGAAAACAAAAAUGUAAGAAAAAUUAACUAUUAAAAACUAAAGUUACACAUUUUUUAUAUUUAUAAUUUCAAUUUAGACGUAAAAUACAGAGAGUGUAUGUACCACAAGAAAACUAUAGAUAAGAAAAAUUAUAUUAUAUAUUGAAGAAAGAAAACAAACACACAGAAGGAAAUAAAAAAGUAAAAUGAAACAACACGCAAAGUCAUGCGCAAAACAUGAAUAAAGUUAAAUUAAAAUAGAA